AUGGCGGCGGCCGGCGCCUCGUGGGAGCCGCCCGUGGAGCACCAGCCCACCGUCAGCUCGAGCAGCAGCCCGCGCAGCGGCUCGACGGCGGGCGGCGCCGAGGAGAGCGCGCGCGCGAGCGCCACGCUGCUCGGCUUGCUCUCCGCCGUCAGCCUCGUCGAGGGCGUGGACGACGCGAUGCUCCCGGCCGUCGCCUACGCGCUGCAGGUCGACCUGGGCCUGGACCUGUCGGCCGUUACGAGCAUGGCCAUGGUGCAGGCGCUGACCAUGGCCGCCUUCGCGCCUCUGUGGGGCACCCUGGCGGACAGGGAGGUCGUGUCCAGGAAGGUCCUCAUCGUCGUGGGCUGCAUCCUGCAGGGUGUGGUGACGGUGCUGCUGGCAUUCACGUCCUCCUACCCUAGGAUGAUGGCGCUGCGCGCCCUCAACGGCGUGAUGCUCGCGAGCUUGAAGCCCAUCGCCGUCAGCAUGAUCUCGGGGAUCACGUCCGAAUCGAACCGUGGAAAGAGCUUCGCCUGGAUCCAGUUUUCAGCGAUGCUCGGCAUGAUGCUGGGCUUCGUGAUUGGCACGCCCAUCUCCAGGAAGGAAGUUGCUGGCAUGCAUGGCUGGCGCGUGUCUUUCAUCGGCAUCGGCGCCGUCAGCAUCAUCGUUGGAGCUGUCGUACACGCUCUCAUGGUCGAGCCUCCGCGCCAGCGCGCCGCUCCUGGAAAGGCUGCCGGUGUUGGCGCCGCGAGCGUCAUACGCAUCGUACGUGGGGAGCUGUUCAAGAUCCUGCACUACUUCACGCUGCCCAGCUUCGUCGCCCUGGUGGCCCAGGGCUGCAUCGGCCUGGUGCCGUGGAAGGUCCUCAACUACCAGACGCUUUUCUUCCAGGUCGCUGGCAUCGGGGACUUCCUGGCGGGCACCCUGCAGGCAUCCAACUUCAUCGCCAGCGCUUUCGGCAACCUCCUGGGCGGCUGGAUCGGCGACUCGCUCGCGCGCCGGUGGCCGAGCCACGGCAGGCCCUUCACCGCGCAGAUCUCCGUCUUCGCGGGCAUCCCCAUUGCGGCGCUGAUCUUCAUGGUGCCCGCCCCGCAGGGCUGGGCGUUCCCUUGGUACCUCUUCCUGGUCGUCUCUCUGGGGCUGCUCGCGUCAUGGUGCGCGGUGGGGGUGAACUGGCCCAUACUCACGCAGAUCGUGACCGCCGACAAUCGGGGCGCGGUCAUGGCCUGGGAGGCGGCGGUGGAGGGGUCCUUCGCGUCCGUGGCGGGCAACCUGGCCGUGAGCUUCUUCGCGCAGACGCUCAUGGGCUUCGACCUGCACGAGCAGGCGGCGCAGGCCUCCCGCGGCGGCGGGGGCGAGAACAUGUCCGCCCUCGGCUUUGCGCUCGCGAUGACCUCCGCGGUGCCCUGGGUCUUCUGCCUGCUCUUCUACACCAUGCUCCACUGGAGCCUGCCCCGCGACCUGCGGCGCAUGCAGGAGGCCGCCGCCGCCAGCAAGCUGGGGGCCCCGCAUGAGGCGGAGGCGCCGCCGUCGGCCUGA